UUUGUUUUGCUGGCUGUGCUCUCUAGUGGAGUAAGGAGCAGCACUGUGCCACAAAAAAUGUAUGGAAGGAUCACGUCCCCAAACUUCCCAAAGGUCUACCCAAAUCACAAGGAGAAAACAUGGAAUAUUACUGUCCCCAAAGGAUAUUCUGUUCGCAUUUACUUCACCCAUUUCGACCUGGAGCUGUCCUACCUGUGUGAAUAUGAUUAUGUGAAGCUGAGCUCUGGUGGGAAGACCUUGGCCACGCUGUGUGGAAGGGGCAGCACAGACACCGAGGAGGCUCCGGGGAACAGGACGUACAUCUCCGCUGAUAACCGCCUCGUGGUGGUGUUCCGGUCUGAUUACUCCAACGAGAAACCAUUCACAGGCUUUGAGGCCUUCUAUGCUGCUGAGGAUAUCGAUGAGUGCAAGCAGCCGCUGGACACCAAACCCCUCUGCAGUCAUCACUGCCACAACUACAUGGGGGGCUACUAUUGCAGCUGCAGGGUUGGCUACACACUGCAUGAAAACAGGAGGACGUGUACAGGUGAGCUCCUUCUAGAUCAGGAGAUGCUCCCCUAUCUACAACAUCUACUUAAAUCCAGUCCUGACAAUAAUAUCAGUGAAAGCUCUGGGUCCUGGAGCAUCACCCCGUGGUCGGAGCGCUCCGGUGCAGGCGUGGCUCAUCAGGCUCCGGGUUGUGCUGCUCGAUGGCAAGAAAAGUUAGAAGGUGGCUCAGCUGUGGGUGGCAGUGGGGUUCUAACAGCUGCUUACCAUAUAGCUGAUCAAAAAAUCCCAUCUUUGAGGAGUAAAUUGGAAAUUUUGAGAAAGCACUAUGAAGGUGGCCAGGGAGAAAGAAAUUUAACUCAUGAAGGUUAUAAAAAUUAUCUCAUCCCCUUUGAUAAUGGUACUGGUUAUGGUGGAGCAGGAAAUCUCAAACAGGACUAA